CUUGUAAAAAUUUACCAGAACCUAUAUUGAUUAUAAGAUUUAAUGAUGCUUAAGAGUCAGCAAAAUUAUGAACUUUCAAUGUUUGCAGCCACCUCUGCAGUAAGCAGUAUUUUUUCGUUUGAAUUAUUUGCAGAAAACCAUGAUGUUUUUAUACAUUCCCAUGUCUUCGAGAAUACGCUAUUACCAGAUAACAUUGGCAUUGAAAUUUUUCAACAAUUUUCAUCAUCUUUUAAAGUUGAAAGGAAAAUGUACACAACAGAUGAAACUCUCUUUAUAUGAUUUUGUGGUUGAAUUAUCGUGAAAUAUUUCUUCUUAAACUGAGACUGGUAACAGCACUUCUCUACUUCACUACCAGGAAUAUACACAAGAUAAAUGGAUUCAUUUUUUUUUGUUGGUUCCUUAUUACCAGUCAAGGUUUUGUCACAAAAAAAUCAUCUUGGAAUAAUUAUCCCAGAAAUCCUUAAAUCUCAAUAAAAUCUGCUUAUGAUUGUCUGCAGCAUUUUCAAAUAUUGACAGGAUCUAAGGUGAUGGAAAAAUAGUUGAAGAAGUAUAUAUCAGGAAUAAAAUAUGAAGAAAAAUAUCCAUAUAUUGUGGUGACAGAAUAAAAAAAAAUUAUGGCAAAUGAAUUCUGUGAGAACCAGGUGAAAUAUCAAACACAAUCAAGAUGGAUCGAUUCUGACGAGAUGCUAAAACAGAUUGAUAAAACAGCAUUCCACUGUUGUGUCUGUAAGAAGUCAUUCUCUCAGGAAAGUGACCUAAGUAGACAUGAACACGUUCAUACAGGAGAGAAACCAGAUCAUUGUGAUAUCUGUGGUAAAUUGUUUUCUCAGGAUGGGGAAUUAACUGUGCAGAAAUAUAUUUACAAAGAGGAGAGUCUAUAUCACUGUGAUACUUGUGGCAUAUCAUUCUCUAAAAGCAUUGACCUUAAAACUCACAUGCGUAUUCAUACAGGAGGUAGACAAUAUCACUGUGAAACUUGUGGUAAAUCAUUCUCUGGAUCAAGUAAUUUAACUCGGCACAAACGUAUUCAUACAGGGGAGAAGCCAUUUUGCUGUGGUAUAUGUGGAAAAGCUUUCUCUCGAAGUGGCUGCUUGAUUAUUCACAAACGUGUACAUACUGGAGAAAAGCCAUAUCACUGUGACAUCUGUGGUAAAUCAUUUACUGAUAAAGGAACCGUAGUUUCUCAUAAACGUAUUCAUACAGGAGAAAAGCCCCAUUACUGUGAUAUCUGUGGUAAAUCAUUCUCUGGGAAAAGUAACUUAACUAAACACAGACAUACUCAUACGGGAGAGAAUCAACAUCAUUGUAAUAUCUGUGACAAAUCAUUCUCUCGAAGUAGUGACUUAACUGCCCAUAAAUAUAUUCAUACAGGAGAGAAACCACAUCACUGUAAUGUCUGUGGCAAAUCAUUCUGUCGAAUAACUGACUUAACUGUACACAACCGCGUUCAUACAGGAGAAAGGCCACAUCACUGUGAUAUCUGUGGUAAAUCAUUCACUGGAAAAGGUAACUUGACCAAACACAAACAAAUUCAUACAGGAGAGAAACCAUAUCACUGUGAUAUCUGUGGCAAAUUGUUAUCCCGACUAAGUCAUUUAACUGGACACAAACGCAUUCAUACAGGGGAGAAACCAUAUCACUGUGAUGUUUGUGGUAAAUUUUUCUCUUAUAAUGUUGACUUAACUACUCACAAACGCAUUCAUACAGGAGAAAAGCCAUUCCACUGUGAUACCUGUGGUAAAUCAUUCUCUAGAAGUGGUGAAUUGACUACUCACAAGCGCAUUCAUACAGGAGAGAAGCCAUAUCUCUGUAAUAUAUGUGGUAAAUCAUUCUCUGUCAAAUCCAGUUUAACUACUCACAAACGUAUACAUACAGGGGAGAAGCCAUAUAGCUGUGAUAUCUGUGGCAAAUCAUUCUGUGGAAGUGGUAAACUGACUACUCACAAACGUAUUCAUACAGGAGAGAAGCCAUAUCACUGUGAUAUCUGUGGUAAAUCAUUUUCUCAAAGUUGUGAAUUAACUACUCACAAACGUGUACAUACAGGAGAUAAGCAAUACCAUUGUGAAAUUUGUGGUAAAUCAUUCUCUCAAAUAGGUCACUUAAGUGGACACAAGCCCAUUCAUACAGGGGAGAAGCCGUUUCACUGUGAUAUCUGUGGUAAAUCAUUCUCAAGAAAUAGUGACUUGACUGUGCACAAGCGUAUUCAUACAGGAUACAAGCCAUAUGAAUGUGAUAUCUGUGGUAAGUCAUUCUCUAGGAAAGGUGACGUAACUACACACAAGCGUGUUCAUACAGGGGAGAAGCCGUAUCACUGUGACAUUUGUGGUAACUCUUUCUCUGUGAUGUGUAGCUUAACUAAACACAAACGCAUUCAUACAGGAGAGAAACCAUAUCAUUGUGAUAUUUGUGGUAAAUCAUUCACGGGAAGUGGUGAUGUAACUGUUCACAAACGUAUCCAUACAAGACAAAAACCAUAAAUAUUAAUGGGAUAUGUAGUAAACCAUUCUUUGUUACAUCAUAUAGCUUAACUACUUAUAAAUUUAUUCAUACAGGAAAGAAGCUGUAUUGUGAAUUCUAUAACAAUUUUUCUUCUCCAAAAUGUGACUUAAUUAAGCACAAAUAUACAACAAAAAUGCUUUUUCAGACAUUCCUGAUCUUGGUCAUUCUCAGAAAAUGCUAUAAUUAUAGAGCUACGGAGAUGUACUUGCAUAGCAAGUGACCUGAUCUGAGAUCGUGUGCUGGAACAAAAACAAUUGCAGCGUGGAAGGUCUUUAUAAGCCAUUUAAGAAACACACAAAAACCGU